AGGAAAAUCACCCUCUGAAAUCUUAUGCGGUACCAUCCGAGCGGCAAGAUGCUCACAUUAUGAUCCAUUCUCUUACUAAGUGGCUCAAACUGCGCAAGCAGCUAUGAGCAUUGAAAUAUCCAGUUCUCAAGCUACCACCCAGCUUCCUACACCAUCAAUGGAAAUUCCAGCACAUUUUGGAAUAGUGAAUAUAGCCCCGUGCUUGUUUCAUUAUCAUACAUCAUAUACCUUGACACAGGGUUCUCGCAGCUUCUCAAUGGGUUUACAUAUCUUCCACGUCAGGAUGGGGAUCAUAAUGGGAAUAUUGGCGUACAUUCAUUGGCUGUAAGUACAGACAAGAAGACAUGGACCACGGUCGGCACUUAGACUUUCGAAGAUGGUGCUGAGAAAAUGAAUUUAGGGUUUGAUAAUAAAAAAGCUCGAUAGUUCCAUUUGAAUGCUACUUCUGAAACUGAAACUGUGGCCAAUGGACCAGCGCAGCAGAAUUCGAUUUUUUGCUUGCUCCUACUGCUGUAGGAUUUCUAGGGGCUCUGUCAUUAACAUGCCGCUUGUACCUGUUGCUGAGUUCAUCGAGCACUCUACAGGAAAUUUUUGAACUUUCGCAGCAACUAAUCCCUUUUCAGAUCAAGGAGGAUUGCAUGGCUACACCAUUUCAGCCAUUUAUAACCCUACAGCUAGCGCAACCUCAUUGGUAAAUAUCUCUAAUACUCAGCAUGAUAUGUUCUGUCCCGGGAUAUCUUUAAUAUUUAACGACAAAGCAAUUGUUAUCGGUAAUGACACUGCAAACAAGCUAGCAUCUAUGACUCUUCGACCCAUCAAUGGGUCGCAGGAGCAGUUACGGAAAUUCCUAGCGGUUACCAGUCAACAACCACAUCGUCAAUAGUGAAGGUCUUAACUAUCGGAGGUUCCUGGAGCGGUGGUUACGGCGGGAAAAAUGGAGAGAUCUACGAUCCUAGUGCCAACACAUGGUCUUUACUCGUAGGCUGUUCAAUCGCACUAUGCCCACAGCCGACGCAGAAGGUGCUUUCCGUACUGAUAAUCAUGCUUGGUCGUCUGCAUGGAAGAAUGACUAUGCAUUUCAGGCUGGUCCCAGUAAAGCAAUGAACUGGUAUUGGGCAAGAGAUACUGGCUUUCAAAAAGCUGCAG